UGUAUCUGAUUGAUGUAAUGCUUUAUUCAUGUAAUUGUGUGAAGUGGCGAUUGUAAGCCAACUAUGUAUCUUUUUCCCUUAUGUAUUACACGGGUUGUGUGAAGAUUACCUCACUUGCGACAUUGCUUUCAAUGCGGUUAUGCCUCUAAGUCGUGCUUCGACAUGUGGGAGAUAUAGCCGCAUCGAGGGCGUUACACUUAACCUCUCUGCACCUUCAGUUUUCUAUGGUUUUGCAGGCAUCACAAAAUGGCUGCAAAAAAAUUCUUCAAAAGGAACCUUUAUCAUCUCUACCGCAUGAGUUUGAAAAUGAAAUUAUGAAAGAUAAGGCAAAAAAGCUUUCGGCUAAUUACUCUGAAUAUCGGAAAGUACCUGGAGACGGGAGUUGCUUUUACAGAUCAUUCAUAUACUCAUACCUGGAGCAGCUUGUGAAAGUAUCUCACGAGGAGGAGCUACGUUUACUUGGUGCACUUGAACCUAUGUGGGAGAAAUUCCAAAGGCUUCAUUUGCCUGGUUCAUAUUCAGAUCUUCAUGAUGCUUUUGUGGGCUUCAUACUGGAAUGUAUGGAACAAAAACAAAAACUGUCAGUAAGUGGCUAUCAAGAGUGGCUUUUCCAGGAGAGUCAAAAUGAGCAGAAGUUUGCGAACAGUGAGAAUAUACAACAAUUUUCUUAGUUAUCUUGCCAACUUACUCUAAUUUUCUGACUCCAACUAUUUUUGUUUUGUGUUUAGUACUUUUGUAUCUUUGACUUGUGACAGCUAUUGAGAUAUGCACUAAGGUUGAAACAUACAUAACCGAACUUGGUCAAGGAAUGCCUGAUGCAAUAGGGUACUGCCUGGAGGAGGUUCUCCCAGUGAAGAAAGAUGCACAACAAGUGAAUCUCACUGCGCUCACCAAUGUCCUACAGGUGCCACUCCGAGUUGUUAACAUUGACGUUUCACCGAUUGAGGAGCCUAACAUCCACAUCAUCUACGAGUCACCAGAUUCCUCGGUUCCUACUGUGACACUACUGUAUAGACCAGGGCAUUAUGAUAUCAUCUACUAGAAGCCAUAGCUGUAGACUGUAGUAACAGAUAUCAUAUGACAUGUCACGGGAGAGUUGCUGGCCGCGUUGCGAUAUACUGUACUCUUGUUGUGUACAUCAGCUGCACAUAUGCACUAUUACUGUUUUCCUUCCAUAUA